CUUUGAAGUCCAGACUCGAGGCCCCUCCUGUUUCCCACUUUUCAAAUCUCUUGGUUUCUGAUCCAUAGGGGCUUGGAAGCUUGGAAGUUGGAACUCUCUCUGCAAUUGUUCGGGUCACACACUUUUUUUCUACUCCUCUUCCUUUAAAAAUCUCCUCUUGUUUCUCAUACGAUACUUUAGUUCCUUCAUUUCUGUUCAGUGACACGGUACAUGCAAUCAAUUGCAGCAAAUGCUCUUUCAUUUUUCGUAAUCAAUUUGCUCAUCAGAGCUUCGGUACGUGUGAAUUCUGUCAAAUUGUUUGGAAUUUGGAUAAAAAUUGUGUACGAAGCUAUUAAAUGCAAGGAAUUUGGGGUUGGAUGAGGGAGUGUUUUUCCUCUAGCUGCCAUGGAUAGGACGACUGUGUUAAACUAACUUGGAAGAAUUUGGAAUUCGUUUAGUGAGGCAAACUAAAAUGACUGGAAGAAAGAACAUGGGACGGGCGUCUCUAUUUCUGGUUCUUCUGGCACUGGGUUUUUUCUUUGCAUAUAAUCUGAUAACAAUGGUAAUCCACAAUAGAGCCAUAAGUUCUGGGAAGUUGAUAGUGGAUGGUUUGGAUGGUACCUCUUUGUCAGCGUUAUCUGAUCCCAUUAUUCAGAUGCCUGAGAAUGUUAAGAGACCUGGGAGCACUAAGAUGCCUUUUCAUGUUGCCCUUACUGCAACCGAUGCACCUUAUAGCAAAUGGCAAUGCCGCAUUAUGUACUAUUGGUACAAGAGGAUAAAAGAAAUGCCUGGGUCAGAUAUGGGUGGAUUCACUAGGGUGUUACAUUCUGGAAGCCCUGACAACCUAAUGGAUGAGAUUCCAACUUUUGUAGUUGAUCCUCUCCCAGCAGGUCUUGAUCGGGGUUACAUUGUCUUAAAUAGACCUUGGGCCUUUGUGCAAUGGCUGGAAAAGGCAACAAUUGAGGAGGAGUAUAUACUGAUGGCAGAGCCUGAUCACAUCUUUGUAAAUCCUCUCCCUAACUUGUCACAUGGAGGAUAUCCAGCAGCAUUCCCAUUUUUCUACAUCAAGCCUGCUGAAAAUGAGAAAAUAAUAAGGAAGUUUUACCCAGAAGAGAAAGGUCCAGUAAUAAAUAUCGAUCCAAUUGGCAAUUCUCCUGUAAUUAUCAAGAAGUCUUUGCUAGAAAAAAUUGCACCAACAUGGAUGAAUGUGUCAUUGAGAAUGAAAGAUGACCCAGAGACUGACAAGGCUUUUGGAUGGGUUCUAGAAAUGUAUGCAUAUGCUGUUGCAUCUGCAUUACAUGGCGUGCAACAUAUUCUUCAGAAAGACUUCAUGAUACAGCCACCUUGGGAUUUGGAAGUCGGGAAGAAAUUUAUCAUCCAUUACACUUAUGGAUGUGAUUAUUCUCUAAAGGGUAAGCUUACAUAUGGGAAAAUUGGGGAGUGGCGAUUUGACAAGAGAUCAUAUCUUCGUGGUCCUCCGCCAAAAAAUCUCCCUUUGCCUCCUCCAGGAGUCCCAGAAAGUGUGGUUACUCUUGUAAAGAUGGUAAAUGAAGCUACUGCCAACAUUCCUGGCUGGGAUGCAGAAUAAUCUAAUUAGGAUUGAAGAAAAGCCUUUAACCUAAUUUUGGAGUUCAAUUAACAGUGUAGUCCCCUAAAGAAAUCUCUGUAUACAGAUCACAUCACAGGGUAAAAGUUAUUCGUUAUGGAAAGAGUGGUGUACCAUGUAAAAGAAAUUCUCUUGCCAUUAUAAAUAUGAAAUCAUAGGACAUCUAUUGAUUUCCAAAUUCUUAUUCUCCACACAUAAUUUGUCCUUGUGAGUUUUGUAAGAAAUCUCCCCGAAAGCUUAAUAAGGUGAUUUAGGGUUGUAAUAGAUUUUUUUCUUUUUUUUUUUGCGUCAUACAUGUUUUAUAUGGCAAUAUUUCAAACUGAUCUUGUAUGCACGAGUCACACUCUUAUUUUCAGUGAAGAAACUUUGUGAAAA